AUAAAUAUGGAAUCAUUUUAGAUAUUUUUAGGAUUUUUGGGAGAUUUUUACUCAUUUUUAAAAAAUAUAUAUAUUUACAAGAAUUUUCUUGCCAAAUUUGGUGGAUUUUUUAAAAUUACACUUUUAAGGAAUUUUUGGAAUUUUCUUCCUGAAGGUUUUGCAAAUUUUCAGAAAUCUGGGGAAUUUUUUGCUGAUUUUUUUCAGACGAUGAAGCAAUAUUUUUUUGGUGCCUGUAAAUGAGGACAACAGGAGGGUUAAGGUUGUCUUUAUAAAUCAGAGUGUCGGAAUGAAGGAUGGUAUAAAUGAUAGUUUAGUGUGUAAAAUGAGAGGUAUUUUUUCUUGUAGCUUCUGAUCCUGGAUGUGCUUUUUGGAGUUCUACGUGCGUAUAUGAUCACCUGACUGGGAGUAUAAUGGCUAUUGUUUUGCAACGGCAGGGCUGGAAAAGGCCAACUGUGCGGAAACUCAUUAAAUAUUUAGAGAGCGGGUCUGCCUCUUAGCGCUAACCUGCUCUGUCCUCCUCCAGAUGGGAGAACGUGACCUCAUUUCUUCUUGGCUUUGAGCUGAGCCUCGUUCCUCCCGGCUGAUGUGGUCGUAGAGGCUCUUUAUGAAUUAAUGCGGUUUGACUCAGUCAGGUGUUGUUUUCUGAUGCAUAACCAACUGUCACUGGAUAUUAACGAGGAUGAUUCAAUUAAGAAUCUAGCCUCUUCCAGUUGCUAUGUGAGGACAUUAUGAUACAUUGUUGUGCCAAGGACAAGAAGGUUUUUGAGGAGAAAGAGGGUUUGUUCAGGGGUGGGUGGACGCUGUGGAGCUGUUAAAGGUCUUGGCAGGCAGACGUCCUCCUGAAACACGACACCGCCUCUGUUAGCAUCCCAAGAAUAAACACUUCCAACAGUGACAAAGCCGAAUAGAUUUCACAGACAUGGAAAGGAAAGGCCUGUUUUCACUGAUGUGGAGCCAUGGAUCACUGUUGAAGGAGACUGAAGUUCUCUCAGUGGAGAAAUGAUGGAUUAGAUCAGAGAAGUCAAACUCAUCUUAGUCUGGGUUCUACAUUCAGUCCAGUCUGAUCGCCAGUGGACCAGACCAGUAAAACCAGUAAAACCACAGCAUAAUAACCCAUAAAUAACCACAGCUCCUGAUGGUUCCUUUGAUUUACUGCAAAAAUGUUCACAUUUAAGGAAUUAUCUUUGUACUAAACAUCAUGAACAACCUGACAUUCAUUAAGAAAAAUCAGUUCAGUUUCAUCAGCAUUCAUCCUCAGUUUAUCAUUUCCACAUUACAACUUCCAGAUCAGAGUGUCUACAAAGGAACACAACAUUUAGUCACCUGGACCUGAACCAUGGAGGAGAGAAAAAACAACAAAACAAGACAAAAUGUUCCAAAAAUGAGACGCAAAACGACAAAAGCAGGAACAAAAUGACAAAAAUAAGACAACCGACACGAAACAAAACAAAAAAGUACAAAAAAGAGACAAAGCAACAAAAAAUAGAAAAACAACACAAGCGAGACAAAAGAAACAAAACGACACAAAACAGUGAAUAAAGCAAAAUGACAAAGAUGAGACAAAAAAUGAGGAAAAAAACUACAAAACAUGAGACAAAAGUCAUUUGUUGCGGGCCGCAUGUUGGACAGGCCUGGAUGAGAGGAAACCAUGGUGCAGUGUUUUAGUGGACUUCUGGACGUUGGAGCUCUGUGGUCUGCAGAGGUCAGUUAAAGGGACUGACUGUCUUCAUGUUUGGAAUUAUGGAGUGCUUGUUUCAACACCAGAGCUACUAAAAACCACAAAUGCUGAUUUCUCGUCGAGCUAGAGGAGAACAACCUUUUCAGCUGCUCCUGGACACAGUUUUUCACUUUUAUUGCUUUUAGGAGAAAGUUUGAAGCAGUCUGCAGCACCGCUAAUGUCCUGCUGUGGACCAGCAUCAAAACAUGUUUUAGACACCAAAUAAAAAUAGAAUCCUUAUCAGUGUAAGUCAGAGGUGUCCAACAUGAGGCCCGUGGUCCAAAAGUGGUCCUCCAGAGGGUCCAACAUGAGGCCCGUGGUCCAAAAGUGGUCCUCCAGAGGGUCCAACAUGAGGCCCGUGGUCCAAAAGUGGUCCUCCAGAGGGUCCAACAUGAGGCCCGUGGUCCAAAAGUGGUCCUCCAGAGGGUCCAACAUGAGGCCCGUGGUCCAAAAGUGGUCCUCCAGAGGGUCCAACAUGAGGCCCGUGGUCCAAAAGUGGUCCUCCAGAGGGUCCAACAUGAGACCCGUGGUCCAAAAGUGGUCCUCCAGAGGGUCCAACAUGAGACCCGUGGUCCAAAAGUGGUCCUCCAGAGGGUCCAACAUGAGGCCCGUGGACCAAAAACGGUCCUCCAGAGGGUCCAACAUGAGGCCCGUGGUCCAAAAGUGGUCCUCCAGAGGGUCCAACAUGAGGCCCGUGGACCAAAAGUGGUCCUCCAGAGGGUCCAACAUGAGACCCGUGGUCCAAAAGUGGUCCUCCAGAGGGUCCAACAUGAGGCCCGUGGUCCAAAAGUGGUCCUCCAGAGGGUCCAACAUGAGGCCCGUGGUCCAAAAGUGGUCCUCCAGAGGGUCCAACAUGAGACCCGUGGUCCAAAAGUGGUCCUCCAGAGGGUCCAACAUGAGACCCGUGGUCCAAAAGUGGUCCUCCAGAGGGUCCAACAUGAGGCCCGUGGUCCAAAAGUGGUCCUCCAGAGGGUCCAACAUGAGGCCCGUGGUCCAAAAGUGGUCCUCCAGAGGGUCCAACAUGAGGCCCGUGGACCAAAAGUGGUCCUCCAGAGGGUCCAACAUGAGACCCGUGGUCCAAAAGUGGUCCUCCAGAGGGUCCAACAUGAGGCCCGUGGUCCAAAAGUGGUCCUCCAGAGGGUCCAACAUGAGGCCCGUGGUCCAAAAGAGGUCCUCCAGAGGGUCCAACAUGAGACCCGUGGUCCAAAAACGGUCCUCCAGAGGGUCCAACAUGAGGCCCGUGGUCCAAAAGUGGUCCUCCAGAGGGUCCAACAUGAGGCCCGUGGUCCAAAAGUGGUCCUCCAGAGGGUCCAACAUGAGGCCCGUGGACCAAAAGUGGUCCUCCAGAGGGUCCAACAUGAGGCCCGUGGUCCAAAAGUGGUCCUCCAGAGGGUCCAACAUGAGGCCCGUGGUCCAAAAGUGGUCCUCCAGAGGGUCCAACAUGAGGCCCGUGGUCCAAAAGUGGUCCUCCAGAGGGUCCAACAUGAGGCCCGUGGACCAAAAGUGGUCCUCCAGAGGGUCCAACAUGAGGCCCGUGGACCAAAAGUGGUCCUCCAGAGGGUCCAACAUGAGGCCCGUGGUCCAAAAGUGGUCCUCCAGAGGGUCCAAUCCGGCCCUCAGAGUGGAAAAAUUCCAGAGAAGACAUUAACUGCAGAUUGUAAAUUAUUAAAACUAUAAAUUUAAAAUCAUUUCUAGACCAUGACAAGUUGUUUGGAUCAGAAAGUAAAAUACUGGAUUGCUCAUUGUUCUUUUGUCAUUUUGUGUCUCAUUUUUGUAAUAUUUUGUCUGUUUUUGUUGUUGUUUUUUUUGUCUGACUUGUCGUUUGUCUCAUGUUUUUGUUGUUUUGUGUCUUGUUUUUUUAGAAUGUUUUGUCUUCUUUUUGGUUGUUUUUUGUCUGCCAAAAAUGCUUUUUGUACUCAAAGGGAAACAUUAGGAGUUGUUCUAACAAUAGUAUAAUUUUGUUUCUAAAUUAAAGUCAAAGCUUCAGGUCAGUUUUUAUGUUAGGCUGCUUUAACUUGUGAAACCUAAAGAUUUAUAUACAAAAAGCAAAAACAUUCCAAGUUCUGGAUGAUGUACACCCCCUGUCAAAAGUUUUAGGACACUUUCUCAUUCAAAUAAAUUAGAACCUGUCCUAAAACUUGUAUAUAUUUGUAACAUGUAUUUAUGUAACACAAAUGAUCUCCAUGUACUUUUUAUCAUACAACUGCUCAGGAAACACGCUAGCUCAGCUCCCUAUCAAUCUGAAAAAGCUUUUCUUGGUGUGAGGAUUUAAUGCAACAUAUUCUGGAAUUCAGGACGCUGAGAUAAAAGGACCAUUCCUCUCAAAAACAGUUUGGAACUUUACAGCUUCAUGUAUAGGAAUGUUCUGUUUUGGUCUUUAAUGUGGAAGCUGAACUAAAAUGGGUUGGACCCCGCUGGUUUAAGUGUUUGUGGUAUUCAUGAUAUUCUCACCACUUUACAUCAGACAACACUGUCCUUUGGUACUGUGCUUUCUCAGCUGUAGAGCUUCUUUAUUCCUGCUUCACCAGAGAAAGUAAACGGCUGCAUUUAUGUGUAGGAAUGUCAAAGACCUCUUUCUAGGAGGCUAAAAUAUGUUCAUCACUUCCCUGCCAGCAGUCCUCUCUGCUUCCUAAAACCGACUUUAGUGGCCACCAUAUCUGCUUUAACUAUAAAUAAGUACCUUAUUACAACUCUCCUUUCCAGCUUUAUUUAUCGUACAGUUGGUGGCUGUAAAUGUUCCAUCGUUUACCAACAUUUAGAAGAAUUCAGACUACUGAAUACCCUUUGUAUGUACGGCUGUGUACCACAUGGAGUACAGUAGUUAUAAAGGUCAGUAAAUGAACAGUUUCUCAGCCAUCAAUGCAUAUUUAGGGAAAGCAGAAGCAGGCCGGCAGAUCUAAAACAGAAAGAGGCCAACUUGAUAUGAGAAUGGAGCUGAGCAACCAAUUAAAAGUGAAUCAUCUCCACGGCUUUUCCUGUCCAGAACGAGCCUUUAGGGGGUGAUACGUACGACAGAAAGCCCCAUCGAUCCAUCUGCACUAAAGACGAUGAGUCUGUCUUACCGGAUCGUAGUCUGGAUGUUUUCCAGUUAUUUAUGAACAUUUCAUAAACAGAAAUGGAUAAAUGAAACCCCAACAAACAAAACAUGUUGGAAAAAUAUACAGUACCAGUCAGAAGUUUGGACACGCCUUCUCAUUCUGUGCUUUUUAUUUAUUUUUAUUAUUUUCUACAUUAAUACUGAAAAUUAACACUUUGUUGUUUACAACAUAAUACUGUAUGUGUUAUUUUAUAGUUUGUUGUCUUCAGUAUUAAUCUAGAAUGUAUAAAAUAAUCAAAUAAAAACCAUUUAAUGAGAUGUGUCUGGUCGUGUAUAUUUAUUUUUUAUUGUCAUUUUUAAGCUCUAAUUUUCCUUUGGAGAAUCCCUAAAACCUCUGUGUGGGGCAACAAAAUGUCCUCAAUGCAUAAAAAAUCCCACAAAACUCCCAACCUGUGCAGCCUGAGGGGUGGGUCUCUCCCAGCAUGCAUCGGGGCACAGCAUAGACAGAUGAUGAAACUUUUACAGCGCUGACGCACACAUCCUGUAUAUAAGCAGGAAAACACACCUACAGUCCAUUUAGAGUCACAAACUCCCCUGACCUGUGGGAGGAAACCCACACAUCACGAGGAAAACAUGCAGUCUUCUCACACAGUAGUAACGACAUAGUUUCUAUGUUUUCCUCCAGUAUUGGGACAUGCUCUUUGAUGCUGUGCACAUGCAUGAUGAAAUGUUGGUGUAACGCGUGUUUGUUGUGGAGCAGAGCCCUUCUAAUCGGUGUCCUGUGGCCGUUACAACACAAUUACAGCAUAAACUAGUUCUACAGCAUGUUUGGCACAAAGGAGAUCAAAUAGGACUUUGAGUAAAAAUUGACUUUUUUUCUUUUUUUGAACAGCAGAACAACUACUAGCAGAUGGUUGAAUAAAACAUCCGAGCUAAGCUCUGGUCCCGUCGUCCAGACAAACGUCUGAUCUGACAGCAGGUUGAAACACCGUGAAGUGGAUGAGAACCAAUCACAUUCAUUCAUCUUAUUCCCCUUUCAUCAUGAAGCGCUGCAGCCGGCAGCUCUAUUAGAUUACAGUAAUGCAUAGGAAAAGGUAUUCAGCCGGUUUUAUUCAGCGAUACGUCUACUGAAGUCCACAUCAAACCUGCUUAGGACUUUUGUACUGAUCUCUAAGGGUUGAGCAGCAUGAAGUAAAAGCUGAAAUUCAAAAGCUUAUCUAACAAUCUGCAGCCAUUUUCCUCUAAAGACCCCCACACUCUGAGAGGUUUCCAGCCGUCCCAGACCAAAGAUGACAACGGUGAGAGAAUGGUGAAGAUAUCUUUGGUUUUGGCUCUAAAUCGGUGGUCCUAUGUCGCACUGUGAGACAGGUUCAAGGACGACCGUUGUCAUGGUGACCAAAGACAAGCUGCCAUAAAUUCUGGAUGAUCAUCUUACAGUGUGAUGCUGCUGGACCUACAACAACUAACUAACCAAUAGAAAUGCAGGAUGAAAUGACGUACUGAUCAGUAAACCCAGUCAGAUGAUUUAUGGAGACAAAACACAUCAAAACAAGCCUGUGGGAUUUAAACAGACAAGUGUGUUUUGUUGGAAAUUGAUAGACCAUAACAGUAAAUGCUAACUUAAAAAGCUAGGUGAUGCUAACAAGUUCAUGUGUGGCUAGUUUCCCUGUGAUUGUAGGGUUCACGUUUGGCUAGUUUCCCUGUGAUUGUAGGGUUCAUGUUUGGCUAGUUUCCCUGUGAUUGUAGGGUUCACGUUUGGCUAGUUUCCCUGUGAUUGUAGGGUUCAUGUUUGGCUAGUUUCUCUGUGAUUGUAGGGCUCAUGUUUGGCUAGUUUCCCUGUGAUUGUAGGGUUCAUGUUUGGCUAGUUUCCCUGUGAUUGUAGGGUUCAUGUUUGGCUAGUUUCCCUGUGAUUGUAGGCUCAUGUUUGGCUAGUUUCCCUGUGAUUGUAGGGUUCAUGUUUGGCUAGUUUCCCUGUGAUUGUAGGGUUCAUGUUUGGCUAGUUUCCCUGUGAUUGUAGGGCUCAUGUUUGGCUAGUUUCCCUGUGAUUGUAGGGUUCAUGUUUGGCUAGUUUCCCUGUGAUUGUAGGCUCAUGUUUGGCUAGUUUCCCUGUGAUUGUAGGGUUCAUGUUUGGCUAGUUUCCCUGUGAUUGUAGGGUUCAUGUUUGGCUAGUUUCCCUGUGAUUGUAGGGUUCAUGUUUGGCUAGUUUCCCUGUGAUUGUAGGCUCAUGUUUGGCUAGUUUCCCUGUGAUUGUAGGCUCAUGUUUGGCUAGUUUCCCUGUGAUGGUAGGGUUCAUGUUUGGCUAGUUUCCCUGUGAUUGUAGGGUUCAUGUUUGGCUAAUUUUCCUGUGAUUGUAGGGUUCAUGUUUGGCUAGUUACCCUGUGAUUGUAGGGAUCAUGUUUGGCUAAUUUUCCUGUGAUUGUAGGGUUCAUGUUUGGCUAGUUUCCCUGUGAUUGUAGGGUUCAUGUUUGGCUAAUUUUCCUGUGAUUGUAGGGUUCAUGUUUGGCUAGUUACGCUGUGAUUGUAGGGUUCAUGUUUGGCUAGUUUCCCUGUGAUUGUAGGGUUCAUGUUUGGCUAGUUUCCCUGUGAUUGUAGGGAUCAUGUUUGGCUAAUUUUCCUGUGAUUGUAGGGUUCACGUUUGGCUAGUUUCUCUGUGAUUGUAGGGAUCAUGUUUGGCUAAUUUUCCUGUGAUUGUAGGGUUCACGUUUGGCUAGUUUCCCUGUCAGUCUGCACAGAGCAAACUUCAUGUCAUGCACAAAGAUUAUUUGAUUCAUAUGGUACAGUGUAAUGAGAUGGGAACUUAUAGGAUUGUUAAAAUCGCACUGUGUUUAGAGUCCUAAACAGAAGUAAAUCAUGCUUUGCUGUUCUGCUCAUUCCCUCACCAAUGCUAGUGUGGACGUUUUGUUGAAGCUGCCGUCUUUGUUUGUCUUUUGCAUUUCACUCGUUUGCAGUAAAUAGUAGAAAUAUCCUGCAGACCCAGUCAGUGCUACACCCAAGCAUCUCUCUCAUUAUGUUGAACAAAAUUGGAUGAGAGAAGUCAAAAGUGGUACCUACAAAAUUGGUAUCUUCCAUCAAAGUCUUCCUGCAGAAUUAGACUGUACUUUGCAGAUUCAGCCUUCUGUGGUGGCUGUUUUCUACUUUUACUUUUCGACGCUGGUGGUUCUUCCGUCCCUGGUGUUCCUUCUGCUAGUUAAAAGCUUGACCAGCCUCAUUUUCAAUUAACCAACUGUUUAUUUACAGCACAUCUCCAAUCUCAGGCCUUCCACAGACACCCGUGGUUUCAAGGCACUCAUUCCUAUGGUCCAAUUAGCGACCCACAGAACUCCAUGAUGGUGUCCAGAAACCCAGGAUGGAGCUCAGUGGGGCUCCUACAUGCCCAUAUGCUGGCUGACAGCAUUCAUGCCACCUUUCAGUGUGUUUUUCAUCACCCAGCCGGCAGGUCAGAUGUCUUCAGUGACAUACUCAGUAUAAAUAUGUGAAGAAAUGACAUCAUGACAUUUAGCUUUCUUAAAAUCAGCCUCUAGUUUAAUGACUGGAGCCGGACGAUAAGUUUAUGGUGGAAAUUUAAAAACGUCUUAGAACCGUCUCCCCUAUCUGUGUCUGUCCAUGGGUUGAGUUUGCAGAUGGAAAAAGUCUUUAAGUUUGUCCAUUGACACAGAUAUUAUGUUUCCAACAUAUUAACCAUAUGAACUUUAUAAGGAGAAGAAAUGUCACUUUUUGUGUUUGCAUGCUGUUUUAUGUUCCCCACACGGCCCCAAAAAAGCCAGUUAAUGCAGAUUUAAAUGAGCAUAAUUAUAAUAAAUCCCGUUCAGGCAGAAAAAAGCCCUGUAAAAACAUGCUGUAUACACUAGUUUAUUAUGAUUAAAUGCUUCCAAAGUAGUUGUUCUUGGUUUUUAUGCAGUGAGCGGUAUCUUAGACCGUUUAUUUUUGCUAAAUUAAAGUUUCCCCUGUAGGUCACAGUGCCAUGUAUGAAGAUCUGGUUUAAAUAGAACAGGGACACACAAUAGUGCAAAGGACUCAUCCUUUAUGUUUAUUUGCCAGAUAUAUAAGGUUGUGUGCCUGUAGUGAUGUGUUUACAUUCAUAUAUGGAGAUGUGUGCAUUCAAAAAUAGACGUAUUUGUUCAGAUAUGAAUGAUCAUCUGCAUUAUAAUGGGAUGUUUGGUUUGUUUUCCUUUUGUUGUGUUAUUUUACACACACAACACAAAGAAAGCUGCUUCAUGUCGUCUCCAUCAGUUAUUUAAUGCUGGAAUCAGCAGAUUGUCAUUAUUCAGGCUCUGGCUUUAGGAUCUGGGACAUGAAAAGCAAUCAAGGCUCCUGUACUUUUGUCCUGAAACUUCUAUGCAGUUCUGUAUUUCCAAGGACUGAGCUAAGUGGUCUGAUAAGUCAGGGCUGUGUGAUUGAGGCUUUCUUUGAACUUUCUGGAGAGUGAUUUUAUUUAAUAGUUCUCUGACUAGCAGUUAGCCGGAGCAGACUUUGAAUCAUGCUCCCCUGAAGGCAAUUAGCAGUUUGACCUGAUUUCUCUGUCUUUGAAAGUAAAGUUCAGGAUGUGGUCAUGAUGAGGGCAAAAAAAUACCGACAAUUACAGAUAAUUAAAAAUGAAUGCAUCCUGGAAAACUUUAGACUUCAUAGUGUGUGUGUGUGUGUGUGUGUGUGUGUGUGUGUGUGUGUGUGUGUGUGUGUGUGUGUGUGUGUGUGUGUGUGUGUCUGUGUGUGUGUGUGUGUCUGUGUGUGUCUGUGUGUGUGUGUGUGUGUGUGUGUGUGUAUACUUGUUUCUGCUAUCUCGGUGGGGACCAAAAAUGAGGUCCCCACAAGUUUAAACAGUGUUUUCUUGGCCAUGUUGUUGUUACUGAAAAAAGUAAAAGUGCAAAAACGUUUCUUUAGGGUUGGACAUUGUUUUGGUCUGGGUUAAGAUUAGGGUUAGAUAUGAAUGGGAGUCAAUGGUAGGUCCCCACGGGAAUAGCAGAACCAGACAUAGGUGCGUGUGUGUGUGUUGCUCAGUGAGACUUUGCUAUAAUCUGGUCUUUGUGUGCUUCAUUAACAACUGCAGAAAGAAAAUAAAACCUCUUCAGAUUACAGUUUUAGGCAUUAAGCUCCCUCACUUUCCAGAAGUUUAACCUUCAAGCCACACAGUGAAGUCAUUUAGGACUCCAGCCGUAUAAUUAUAUUUGCCGUUUUUGUAUAUUUCAUCUGAAAAAUGUUUCCUACCAUGAAUUUGUCCGUCUACUUGUCCUACAGCUGCUCAGUGUUUUUCAGGGAUCGACCAGCUGGUGUGACCAGGAUAAUGGAAACUUGUCCCUUAGGACCCCACGAAGAUGUAUAAGUUUUUUACUAUUGUUGAUGUUGGUUUUAUUUCCUUCUUUCUACCUAUAAUCACUGUAUUUCAGUGUUUAGCAGUGUUGCAGACCUAGAGCAGAAAGAUGUACUGUUGCAGAAGCACUGAGACAGAUUCUUGAUUAGCAAAGUGAUGAUAAAAAAGCUCUACUGAUGGAGAUGAGUCAGUAUCUGACAAUGAAGAUCAUAUCUCUGACAUGUCAGACCUUUCUGGGAUAGAAUCUGACCAUGAGGUCCAUCGUCAAGCAGGUGAUCAAGAUCUGCCUGUAAGGAGAGCAGGUAGAGGUACAUACAUGUAAAGUGUCACAUGCAUGUGCUCUAUGUGAAAGCCAGCGUGUCUAGAACAUAGCCCAGAGGAGCUGCUUAUGAAGACUUCCUGAGACAUCACUGGUAGCUGAAUCUAAUGACUACUUUUCAGGACUUUUAUGCAGACUUGGCGUCUCAUUUGGACUGUUCCACUGUUCAGAUACUUCAGUCAUCUAAACACUUCUCUGCAUGCUACACUGCACAUCAACAGACGUUUGUGUAGAUUCUGUUUUUCUGUACUUCUGAUUUAGUAUUGAGGAAAGUUUAAAAGCAGUGGCAGACAGAGCGUCUCUAAAAAAUGUUCUUGUGUUCUUAUUGUGAGCCAAAUUGUUCAUAUAGUUUUUACUUUAGCUCUGAGUCAAAAAUGAUUAAAAUCCAUGAGUAAUUACAUCAGAAUAUUUUAGAAUAUCUGUCUUAAAAUACAGUGGAGUGGAUUUGGUAUGAAAGCACAAAAAGAGGCACUAAAGUAGACGUAUUCCUGUAUUAAACAUACCGGGGUCAUAAAUGACAUUUUAAGUAGCUUGGUCGCUUGAGGGUUAAGUUCUUAAAGGAUCAUCAGAACAGUAAACAGCCCAUCCCAGACUGAACACUGUUAGUAAAAUAAGAAGUGAAGGAUGAUGUUUGGAGCAGAGAGGAUGGGAUGUGAGACAGCGUUUAGUGUUCAGCCUUCAGUACAGGUUCUAUCUGGAGGGUUGGGUUGUUCUUUAGGCUCAGUGUUCAGCCAGCAGCUCCUCUGACCUCACUGACCUCCUGCAGCUCCUCCUCCAGUCUGAUGGCUCACCUUGGACCUAAUGAAAAACAUCAUCAGUCACCAGAGACAGGAAUAAUAAACAGUCACCUUAACUGUCAGAAUGAGCUCCAGUUUAUACAACUGACAAACACUCAGGGUACGCUAUGAUCUACUCUCCCCCAACACAUUUCUGUUUACUGUCUGAGCUCCUACCAGGCUCUCUGAGAUCUUUGAUGUGCUCCACAAUAAAGACUUGAGGUUACUAGAAGACGAUUACAGGGAUCUCUGUGUCUCCUGUGAGUCUAACUUGUGUCCUUCUUG